UUGGCAGUGACGCCUCAGCGUGAUUUGUACGUGAACCGAGCGCUCCGGGUUUCCUGGCGGAGAAGAUGGCGGCUCCAGGACCGGGGGAGUAUUUUAGUGUCGGGAGUCAAGUCUCCUGCCUCACCUGCUUGGGACAGCAACUUCAAGGAGAGGUCGUUGCAUUUGACUACCAGUCCAAGAUGUUGACUUUGAAAUGCGCCCCCUCCAGUGGCAAAGCGAACCUGAGUGACGUGGUCCUGGUCAACCUAGCUUAUGUUUCUGAGGUCGACAUCAUCGACGACCGCGCGGAGACCCCUCCUCCACUAGCUUCCCUCAACGUCGGCAAGCUUGCCAACAGAGCGCGCUCGGAAAAGGAGGACAAGCUCUCCCAGGCGUACGCCAUCAGUGCCGGCGUGUCCGCGGAGGGCCAGCAGCUGUUCCAGACCAUACACAAAACCAUCAAAGACUGCAAAUGGCAGGAGAAGAGCAUCUUGGUGAUGGACGACGUGGUCAUCACCCCUCCGUACCAGGCGGACAACUGCAAGGGCAAGGAGGGCAGCGCGUUAAGUCACGUACGCAAAAUAGUGGAGAAACACUUUCGAGACGUGGAGAGUCAGAAGCUGGUGCCACGGCAACCAGCACAGCAAACACAGAAGGACUCGUCUGCUUUAUCAUCAUGAGCUUCAAGAUCACACCUGGGGGGUUCGAGGGGGGGGGGGUUCUGCUGCAGGGG